AUGCUUCGCUCACUGCUCGCCGCCUCCUCUGCGUCGGAGCCGCUGUUGACGCGGUCGCACCGGCAGUCCGGAACCACCAUCACCGUCGACCUGUCCAAGACGUACCAGAACAUUGACGGGUUCGGCAUUUCUCAGGCCUUCCAGCGCGCAGUGCAGAUGAGCAAGCUCCCCGUGUCGGAGCAGCGGCGCGCCCUGGACAUGCUGUUCAGCACCACCAACGGCGCGGGUCUCUCCAUCCUGCGUAACGGCAUAGGGUCCUCCCCGGACAUGAGCUCCGACCACAUGGUUUCGAUUGCGCCAAAGAAUCCUGGCUCGCCCAGCAAACCCCUGAACUACGCGUGGGAUGGCUCAGACAACAAGCAGCUUUGGGUGUCGCAGGAGGCUGUGCACACGUACGGUGUCAAGACCAUCUACGCCGAUGCCUGGAGCGCACCAGGAUACAUGAAGACCAACGGUAACGACGCCAAUGGCGGGACUCUUUGCGGUCUCAGCGGAGCAGCGAGGUGCUCGACCGGAGAUUGGCGGCAGGCCUAUGCGGACUACCUUUCUAAUGUGACAAUCACCCAUCUGGGCUUCAUCAACGAGCCCGAGCUGACGACAAGCUACGCCUCGAUGCGGUUCACAGCCGCUCAGGCGGCAGAGUUCAUCCGAGUCCUGCACCCGACCAUCGCCAAAUCCAAUCUCACCACGAAGCCGGCCAUCGCCUGCUGCGACACCGAAGGCUGGAACUCCCAAGCCAGCAUGCUCGGCUCCCUGCGUGCGGUUGACAACAUGCUGGGGCUGGUUAGGCUCACAGCUGUAGACACAUCCCAACCGUCCUCCCCAAUGAACGCGCGCCAGCCAGUCUGGCAGACCGAAGCCGCCGACCUGCAGGGCGCGUGGACCUCGGCGUGGUACUCGCGCGGCAGCGCCGGCGAGGGCUGGACCUGGGCCAACAACGUCUACACGGCCCUCGUCAACGCCAACGCGUCCGCUUACCUGUACUGGAUCGGCGUGCAGGCCGGCAACACCAACUCGCACAUGGUGCACAUUGCCGGCACCGCCCCCAACACCCGGGUCGAGGCGAGCAAGCGGCUGUGGGCUCUGGGCCAGUGGAGCCGGUUUGUGCGCCCCGGCGCGGUGCGGGUGGCGGUUUCGGGUGCCGGGAGCAGUUUGAGGACGGCUGGGUUUCGGAAUGUGGAUGGGUCUGUUGCGGUGGUGGUGAUUAACAGCGGGAAUGCGGCCAAGGUUGGGGUGAAGGUUGCCGGGAGCAACGGGAUGGCGGCGGCUAAGGCGUGGGUGACAGACAAUACGAGAGAUAUCGGCGUGUUGGAGGCCAACUUUGACGGAUGGCCUCGCCAGUGUGAACGUCCCGUCGAGGUCUAUGGUGACCGUGGUGCUGUAUCCUGCGGCUGGGAGUGGCGGGCAGCCUAAGGCCUAAGGCCCUAGACUGCUGCGAAUGAGGGAGGGAGAGGUCUGAUUUUGUCUAGG